UUUUGUUUUAAUGUUUGUAAUUUGGUAAUUAAAUUUUGUUGUUUCAAUCUGGGACGUUUUAUUUCUUGUUCGUGUUGAAAGCGAUUCCAAGUCACUUGCUGAAUUAAAAGUGGCCAAUGGCUAAUGAUAAACGGACUGUGUACGUGGGUGGCUUAUCGGAUGAGGUAACCGAAAAGUUAAUAAACGAUGCCUUUAUUCCGUUUGGCGAUCUGGUCGACAUUCAGAUGCCGGUUGAUUACGAAUCACAGAAGCACCGCGGAUUUGCGUUUAUUGAGUUCGAGAGUGCCGAAGAUGCUGCCGCCGCCGUAGACAACAUGAACGAUUCAGAACUGUGCGGUCGAACGAUACGGGUGAACGUGGCGAAACCACAGCGGAUUAAGGAGGGCAGCAACAAGCCGGUUUGGGCGGAGGAUGCCUGGUUGCAGCAGCAUGCUGGUGCAACGCUACAGAAUCAAGAGAACGGGGAGGAUGGCGCGACUGAAGACACACAGCCGAAGGAAGCGAAAGCACCGGAAGAGAAAAAACGAAAUCCGCAGGUGUACUUCGAUAUUCGAAUAGGCAGCAAUGACGUGGGAAGGAUUAUAAUGUCCCUCAGGGCAGAUAUUGUGCCGAAGACGGCGGAAAAUUUUCGAGCACUGUGUACUGGUGAGCAAGGUUUUGGCUAUAAGGGGUCUACGUUUCAUAGGAUUAUUCCGGAGUUUAUGUGCCAAGGUGGGGAUUUUACUGCAAACAAUGGUACUGGCGGAAAAUCUAUAUACGGGAAAAAGUUUGCCGAUGAAAACUUUAUUUUGAAACACACUGGGUUUGGAGUACUGUCGAUGGCUAAUUCCGGUCCUAAUACGAAUGGUUCCCAGUUUUUCAUAUGCACAGAAAAAACCGAUUGGCUAGAUAGUAAACACGUUGUGUUCGGAAACGUGAUCAGUGGAGCAGAUGUAGUUCGCAAAAUGGAAAGAUGUGGCUCGAAAGCAGGAAAAGUUAACCAAAAAGUAAUGAUUGUCGCUUGUGGGGAACUCAAAGGCUGAAUGUAAUAAAUUUUACCUUUUUGUCGUUAA